CCCGGGUUCAAGUGAUUCUCCUGCCUCAGCCUCCCAAGUAGCUGGGAUUACCAUCAUGCACCUUCAUGCCCAGCUAAUUUUUGUAGUUUUAGUAGAGGCAGGGUUUCACCCUGUUGGCCAGGCUAGUCUCAAACUCCUGACCUCAGGUGAUCUGCCUGCCUCAGCCUCCCAAAGUGCUGGGAUUACAGGUAUGACCCACUAUGGCCGGCCAGUUCUGGCCAUAAUUCUGACACCUAACUUCAGGACUAAAGCUGUCAAGAAGACUGGUGUUUUUGCUUUUGUUUUUGUUUUAUAACAGUGCUCCCAUGUACUUGCAUGAGUUAAAUGCUGGUAGAGCAGAUACUAGAGGAUAAUAUAACCUGCCUGGAUAUCAAGUACAUACCAGUCCUCAGGGACUGGCAUAGAUGGUGGAGAUGCCCCAUUUCUUGAAUAUAUAUUUUUUGUAACUUCUUACAGUUAAGAUAGCUGAGUCAGCAUUUUAACUGUUUAUUAACGGUGGAAACAGAUGGAAUUUGAGUCAUAUUUCUGGAAAGGCAACAGAUUCCAUACUGGUAAGAAAUUUUGUGUUCCCUUUUUGUGAGAAUUGUAAAAUGAUGACAAAUAUCACUUAUUCUGAUUUAACAGAUGGAAAAACUGAAGUACACAGUAGUGAUGCUUAUCUUAAGAGGGGCACUAUGCAUAGACAAUGAAAUUUACCACCUAUGUGUUAUGAUUUGAUAGGUGCUAACAUUCCUCAGUGUCACAGAUUUUGUCCCCUGACAAUCUGCCAGCAUACUUGUAAUUCCUGCUGUUCACAGUUACUCCUUCAGGGCCAUUUCAAGGUUCUCAAUAAAUGCUUAUUUGAGUGAUUGAACAAACAAGAUACUAAAGACAUAGAGUCCCUUAAAUUGGAUAGAUGCCUUAUCUGAAAAGUGUAAGAUUAUCGACUCUAGCAUUAUUUUGAAUAUAUGUAUACGAUUUAACCCAUUAUUAUCUACUACUUAGGUGCAGGGUUUUGAUGGAGUAGUAUCCAGUAGGCUGAUGUUUUAUGUAGUGAAGAUGUAGGAAAACGCUAGAGUUUUAGAGCCGUGCCUUUGGCUUCUAGGAUCUUAGGGAGAGUAGGAGAUGUGAUAUGCUUAACUAACCUGGAUGCCAGGUGAGAUUUAUUUAUUUAUUUUUGAAACAGGGUCUAGCUCUGUCACCCAGGCUGCAGUGCAGUGGCAUGAUCACGGCUCACUGUAGCCUGGACCUCCUGGGCUCAAGUGAUCUUCCAACCUCAGCUUCCCAAGUAGCUGAGACCCCACCAUGCCUGGCUAAUUUUUUAUUAUUUGUAAAGAUGGGGUCUUGCUUUGUUGCUCAGGCUAGUCUCAAACUCCUGGGCUCAAACGAUCCUCCUGCCUCAGCCUCCCAAACUGCAGGUAUUACAGGCAUGAGCCACCAUGCCUGGUCUGCAUGAAUUUUGAAAUAUCAAAAGGAAGUAAGUAAGAUGGGAGAGAUGCACCAUUCCUGGGUUUCUGGAGGUAUUGAAAUACAGGUUGAUGUGUAGAGUGGCGGAGCAAACUCCUAUUCCAUCUCCUUGCUUCAAAAACCCAUUUAACAUGUCUUCCUUGGAUAGAGAAUGUGUCAGAUAUUAAACUGUUAAGAACAGAUACUAUGCUUGAUCUUAGCCAAAAGGAUAAGUUUCACUGGAGUAGCCUGCAGUAGAUCUGGAGUUUCUCCUCUGGAGAACACUUAAGAGGCUACUUUAAUAGGUGAAAAGAUGAUAAGGAAUUAAAAAAGGAACAUUUCAGUGGUAACAGAGAGGCAGGGACAGAUGGAAAUAUUUCAGGAAUAGCAUGGAAGAUAAUAUUCCGCAUCACCUGCACUCUGAUUCCCUCUGGUAAAUGGGACACGUGGGGGAUCGGCUUCCUAAGCGAUCCCAGUACUUUACACAUGUUUGUUUCUGUGCCUAUGAAAUCGCUAGUGUAUUUAAGGUAAGGAUUAUAUAUUUUUAUCUGUGUUCCUAGAACCCUUUCAGUGACACGCUGAAAGGUGGCCCGUAUGGUUGCUGAAUCAUUGGAAAAUAGACAUUCAUAAAUGACGAAAGAUUACAGGUUAUCUCACAGUAAAAUCAUUAGCAUUAAACUUCAGUAAUGACUGAUAAGACACUACACUGAUUACAUUUCAACCUAAUCUUUCUAGCGAUUUAUUUUUAAAAGUCUCCACAAAUAGCCAUAAAGACUGGAGUACCAGCUUCAAAAUACUUUUUUUUCCUUUUUCUUUUUGAGACGAAGUCUCGCUCUUGUUCCCCAGGCUGGAGUGCGAUGGCGCGAUCUCUGCUCAUUGCAACCUCCGCCUCCCGGGUUCAAGCGAUUCUCCUGCCUCGGCUCCUCCAGUAGCUGGGAUUACAGGCGCCUGCCACCACGCCCGGUUAAUUUUUGUAUUUUUUUUCUUUUUUAAUAGAGACGGGGUUUUACCAUGUUGACCAGGCUGGUCUAGAACUCCUGACCUCAGGUGAUCCACCGGCCUCGGCCUCCCAAAGUGCUGGGAUUACAGGCCACCCACCCAGGCCACCGCGCCCGGCCUCAAAAUACUUUUUUCCUUAGCUGAUUUUAUCGAGUGGCUAUGUGCCUAAGGGAGUGUUCUAAGAAGACGUUAGUUGGGACCCAGAACGUGGGAAGUACUGGUUUCCGUAUCAAUUUGUUGGUGAUCGUAAACCGAUUCAAAUCUCUAACUCCUAACUGCCCGCCGACGUUACGGAACCAAAUACGCUGACGCCCACAUUUCUGGGCAGACGCACAAGUAUGUUACGAUGGCUCGAUUGCUUUUGCCUAGCGGAAACCAUUCAGUGAGGACCGAGCACCAAAUAACCAAGGAAAAGGAAGUGAGUCAAGGACGUACUCGUCUUAGUGAAAGCGUGAGCCACUGAGAUUUGGAAGUCUGCGCUGGGCCCGCUUGGAGUUCUGAGCCGAUGGAAGAGUUCAGUCAUGUUUGCACCCGCGGUGAUACGUGCUUUUCGCAAGAACAAGACUUUCCGCUAUGGAGUCCCCAUGUUGGUGAGUGGAGCGAGGAGGAUCUUCCGCAAGAGUUGCUGAUUAUUGGAGGUUCUUUUGGUCUUCGUGAGUUUUCUCAAAUCCGAUAUGAUGCUGUGAAGACUAAAGACACAUACAACUGGAUUAAGGAGUUAAAUAACCAAAACGGAGCAUACUGCACAAUACACAAACAAGAAAUUGAGAUUGGGCCUGGUGGAGACAGGGAUGUGAAAGCAGAUAUGAAGACUGAAUCUCACAGGUCCAAGAUGAGGCAGAUGGAUCCUGAGCUUGAAAAAAAACUGAAAGAGAAUAAAAUAUCUUUAGAGUCAGAAUAUGAGGGAAGUAUCUGUUGAAGGGCUACUAUCUUUCUUUGGCCCUUCUCCCUUGUUGGGACUCAAUCUCCAGACUGUCUCCCCAGAGAAUCUUGUCAAGACUUGGCUUUAAGCUUUGUUGGGG